CCCUUAUUUGAUAUCAGAGAGCCCAAUGGAGCCUUCUGAAGUACCUAGUCAGAUCAGCAAAGAUAAUUUUUUAGAAGUUCCUAAUUUAUCUGAUUCUCCUUGUGAAGAUGAAGAAGUUAAAGUUAGUUUCAGGCCUGGUUUCUCCCCUCAACCAAGCAGACGAGGUUCUGAUUCUUCUGAAGACAUGUACCUGGACAUACCCGCUUCAGGGACUAGGCGAGUUUCAUUUGCUGACACCUUUGGAUUCGAUCUUGUGUCUGUUAAAGAAUUUGAUUGCUGGGAAUUACCGAGUGUUUCAACUAAUUUUCACUUAAGGAAGGACACUGAAGAAUAUGUUUUAUCUCCAUUAUUUGACUUACCUUCUUCAAAAGAGGAUCUUCUGCAACAACUUCAAGUAAAGAAAGCAGUCCUGGAGUCUGCUGAAUGUCUUCCUGGGUCUACGAGUAUGAAGGGGAUUAUUCGUGUUUUGAAUGUUUCUUUUGAGAAGUUAGUGUAUGUGAGGAUGUCCUUAGAUGACUGGCAGACACAUUAUGAUAUUUUAGCAGAAUAUGUUCCUAAUUCGUGUGAUGGUGAAACUGACCAGUUCUCUUUUAAGAUUUCAUUGGUUCCUCCUUAUCAAAAAGAUGGCAGUAAAGUUGAAUUUUGUAUACGUUAUGAAACUUCUGUUGGUACAUUUUGGUCAAACAAUAAUGGCACAAAUUAUGCGUUGGUUUGUCAAAAGAAAGAACAAGAGCCAGAGCCUGUAAAACCACGGGAAGAAGUUGGAAACAGACAGAUAAAAGGCUGCUUAAAAGUAAAAUCAAGUAAAGAAGAAUCAUCAGUAACAUCGGAAGAGAAUGACUUUGAGAAUCCAAAGAUUACAGAUACUUACAUCCCAACAAUCGUUUGUUCUCAUGAGGACAAGGAAGACUUGGAAACCAGUAAUCAAAAUGUAAAAGAUGUAAACAGGGGAAAUGAUGAACAUAAUGAAAAAGAAUUAGAGCUGAUGAUAAACCAACACUUAAUAAGAUCUAGAAGUGCGGCUUCCAGAGAUGAAAGGAAUACAUUUUCCACAGAGCCAGUCAAUUUUCCAAGUAAAGCUGAGGGAUUAGAGAAGAAGCAAAUCCAUGGUGAACUAAGCGCUGACUUGUUCCAAAGGCCUUUGUCUCCAAGUUCAUCAGCAGAAAGCUCCUUAAAGGGAGAUUCUCACCACAGUGAAAAAUACUCCUUGGGAAAUGAGAAGUGUAGUCAUCAACCUGCAGAGGAAAUUACUGCAGAUAUGGAAAGAAUCAAGAAGUCGUUGGGAGGUCCUAGUCGUGAUGAAUUAGCGCAAUUACACGUCAGCAGCAGAAAAGGCCUAGAUGAUGAUGCUAAUCCAGCCCACAAGAGGGGCAGGGUGCAUGUAUCCUGCCCUUCCUCAGAUCUACUAAUGGCAGGCAAAACUGAAGUGAAAGACUGGCCAUGUUUAAGAGGAGAUUUCUACUCUGAUGCCUCUGCAUAUCUCAAGGAACCAACACGUGUAUCUCCCAAGGAAGAUUAUGGCAGUGGUAAGGGUGAUGAGGAACAAAGAACUCAUUUGAGUGUUAAUGAAAAACAAAGCCACGUUUGUCAAUCAAUCUCACUUGACCAAGGAAGGAAGAUGGGCCACUCCGAAACAAGCGUGGAAGGGACUGGAGCGACUGACGAAGACCUGACUGCUAUGCUGAGCAAAGAUACCUCACUUCCCGCCCAGGCAAUUACAGCGUCUCAUUCACCAAGGACAAAUUCAAGUUGGGAAGAAGCUAUAUUAACUCCAGAGCGUGAUCACUUGACUGGUGAAGGCGUCCCUUCAGAAGGAAUAAUGAGUCAAGUCUGUUCAUCAAGAAAUGGAAAUGUUUUUAAAAAUGAUUAUCUUUUCCAAGUUGAAGAAAGAAAAUCAGGUUGUAUUAAUUCUGCAGAUUGGGGUAAAAACUCACAGCAUAAAGAAAAUUGGAAUGUUCUGGAAAGUCAGGGAAAAGCAAGAGAAAGUAAGACAAAUAUACCAGAGCAGAACAAAGAGCCAGAGGACUGUGAAGACCUGUGGGAAAAAAGAGAUAAUACAAGGGGGUUGAAAGCUACGUCUACAGACUUGUUUACCUGCCAAGAAACAGUGUGCUGUGAACUGUCUUCCCUAGCUGAUGAUGGUAUUACUGAGAAAGCAGAAGCAGGUACGGCUUAUAUAAUUAAGACAACAUCAGAAAGUGCUCCAGAAAGCAUGUCUGCUAGAGACAAAGCCAUAAUUGCUAAGCUACCCCAAGAGACAGCACGAAGUGACAGGCCCAUCGAGGUAAAGGAAGCAGCGUCUGAUCCACAUGAAGGGAGAAAUGAUGCUUCACAUUAUACCCUUUGUCAACGAGAUCCAGAGGGUGUAAUCCGUGACAAGGAUUGUGAAAAGAAAUCAUGUUUAGGUAUUUGUAAUGUGCGUGUGGGUGAAACAGAGAAGAAAGAAGCCACGUCUACCUACAAUCCUGGGAAGACAUAUGACAGGGAGCAACUCGGCCUUGGAAGUGUAACAUCUAUGGAAGAAGAAUCCUCGCAGGCCAUUACAAAAACUCAAAAGGCAACUUCUAAACCAGAUUCACAAUUGGGAAUAUUACCCACAGGCAAAAACAUAUUACCAGAAAACACGGAAAGAUCCAGAGAUCAUGGAAAGGUCCAAGAAUUAUCCCAUCAAAUGGACUUACAUCCCACUGCGAUUUCUGCUUUUAACUCAGACACUAAUACAGGUUCUCAGAAGGACUCUCACAUUUCCAAACACCACACUAAAACUACAGGGCCAUCUUAUAAACAGGCAAUUUCUGUACAGAGUACAGUCACUACCAUGACUUUCAGAUCUCUUUCUACUAAAUCAGAAAAUAAUUGUAACCAAUCAAGAGAAAUCCAGGGUAUUGAGAAGCACCCUCAGACUGGGUCUACACCUGAAGAAAUUUCCAAAAGUUCAGUAAUGAAACCAGGUAGCAGAAAAGAAAGAUGUAUGGGCCAGAUUUUCCAAAAGGGAGACAGCAGCAUGGAAAAAUCUCUAGGGCCUGUGAUUUUAAUCAGUGAACCUCUCGAGAACACGGAAGAAGCAAGGCAUGAACAUGAAGAAUUAAUAAACUCUGGACAAUUGCCACGUUCUUCAGGUGAAAAUGAGCCUGAGAGCUCUGCUUCUGCUAGUCUCCCUGAUCAGGAAAGUCAAGUUCAAAGCAACGAAUCUUUGUUUUCGAAAUAUACCAACUCUAGAAUACCACACAUCCUUUUGUUUCUGAUAUUUCUUGUAACUAUCUAUCACUAUGACUUAAUGAUUGGUUUGGCAUUCUACCUUCUUUCAUUGUACUGGCUGUCCUGGGAAGGGGGUAGACAAAAAGAGUCUGUCAAAAAGAAAUAACCUCAGCCCGAGUAUUAUUCUCUCUUAAAAGAUAAGCUAUUUAGCCCUAAACAUUUGGAUUGGUGAAAGAGACUAUUCAUUGUUCAAAGAUCCAGCAGUUUUUCUCUUGAAGGAUCAUUUAAAAAGGAAUGCGUAUGAAGUUUGCUCCUUCAUAUAAGUAAUUAUUCUAUAUAGGACCAUUAUGUUUGGAUCAUUAAAUACCUAUAUGAAUAUGAGAUCUCAAGCACGUCAAGCUGAAAUUAGGUACAGCUGUUGCUCCUUAGCAGGCUGUGAAGUUGCAAUGCUUCACGUCUCUUCACUACUUCAAGUGCUAUUUCUUGCAUUCAUUUCUUUUGCAGUAAAGAUUCAUUUUUUUUUGAGAGUAUAUGUCCCCCUAUGCUUUUCAGAAACAGAUAAAACAGGGACAAUAGCCGAGGAAUUUUUUUUUUUUUUGGCCUUUUAGUACUGAGCAUGAAAUUUGGAU